GCAAAGAAGGAACCGCCAGGGGCCAUGGACGGGGCCGUGAUGGAGGGGCCGCUCUUCUUGCAGAGUCAGCGUUUCGGUACCAAGAGGUGGAGGAAGACCUGGGCCGUGCUCUACCCGGCCAGCCCCCACGGCGUAGCGCGCCUCGAAUUCUUUGAUCACAAGGGGUCGAGCUCUGGAGGAGGCCGAGUGGCCUCGCGCCGCCUCGACUGCAAGGUGAUCCGUCUAGCCGAGUGUGUGAGCGUGGUGCCGGUGGUUCUGGAGAGUCUCCCUGAGCCUGGAGCCUCUGCCUUCCGCUUGGACACCGCACAGCGCUCCCAUCUGCUGGCCGCCGAUGCACCGUCCAGCGCCGCCUGGGUGCAAACGCUGUGCCUCAACGCCUUUCCGAAAGGCAACUGGCCCCUGGCGCCUGCGGAGAACCCACCCAAGCUUUCUGCCUUGGAGAUGCUGGAGAACUCGCUGUAUAGCCCCACCUGGGAAGGAUCCCAAUUCUGGGUAACUGUGCAGAGGACUGAAGCUGCUGAGCGCUGUGGUCUGCAAGGCUCCUAUGUGCUGAGGGUGGAGGCUGAGAGGCUGACUCUCCUGACUGUGGGAAAUCAGAAUCAGAUACUGGAGCCACUCCUCUCCUGGCCCUACACUCUGUUGCGUCGCUAUGGCCGAGACAAGGUAAUGUUCUCAUUUGAGGCUGGCCGGCGCUGCCCCUCUGGCCCUGGAACAUUCACCUUCCAGACGGCACAGGGAAAUGACAUCUUUCAGGCUGUUGAGACGGCUAUCCAGCGACAGAAGGCCCAGGGCAAGGCUGGUCAGGGACAGGAUGUUGUCAGAGCUGAUUCCCGAGAAGAACUGGCAGAGCAGAAGCAGGCUUCCCACCCUGGCACCCAGGAGCUUCCAGGCAGCCCUCCGGCCCUCUAUGCUGAACCCUUGGACUCCCUGCGCGUUCCUCCAGGUCCUUCCCAGGAUUCCCUCUACUCAGACCCUUUGGACAGCAGCUCUGCACUGGCAGGGGAACGGGUACAGUUAAAGAAAACUCUCUAUUGGAACUUGUAUGAGCAUGUGCAGCAGCAGCUGAUGAAGGCCAAGCUGAAGGACCCCAAAGAGGACCCCAUCUACGAUGAACCCGAGGGCCUGGCCCCAGCUGCUCUCCGGGGCCUUUACGAUUUGCCUCAGGAGCCCAAGGAUGCAUGGUGGUGCCAGGCUCGAGUGAAGGAGGAGGGCUAUGAGCUCCCCUACAACCCUGCCACGGAUGACUACGCUGUGCCUCCCCCUUCUCGGAUCACAAAGCCCCUGCCAGCUCCCAAGCCCCAGGGCCUGGCCUUCCCCGAACCUGGUGCUGGAACUGGCAGUGGCAGCAAAAGCCACAGCUCAGACACUGCCCUGUACAGCCAGGUCCAGAAGAGCAGAGCCUCAGGGAGCUGGGAUUGUGAGCUCUCUAGAGCGGAGGCUGAUAGGAAUGGGGUCAAGUCAGAGGGCUCCACAUGAGAAGCUGGGCAAGGCUGGGGGAGCUGGUAGGACCAUGGAGAGGUGGCAUUGGGGGUCAAAGAAACCUGUUAGAAGCAGUGGGAACCAGAGGGCUGGAGGGACCUGUGUGAGACUAGGGGAUCAGACAUACCAGGGGAGUCAGGGAAGAAGGAUUAAUCCCUGGAAGUGGAAGUCCUGGAAGUGGGACAAAUGGCAGGGGCUUCGGGUGGGAUCUGGGGAGACCAGCAUCCUUAAGCCAUCCCCCCAAAAGGAACGGAAAGCUGCUGGACCAGAUCUGCAGAAAGGGUGCUUGACUAGAGUCAGUACAGUGGGAGGGGCCUGCAUGGAGGCUAUGGGAGAUGCUGGACUGUGCCUGGAUCCUUUCCUCUGCAUUGUUCUUUGCCAGAGAUUUUUAAAAAAGUUUUAUUCUCAUUAAAAUCAGUUUGUAUUUAA